AAGAUAUUAAGUAUUUCACAGUUUCAUGCUGCAUUUACGAACUAGUUUUCCGAAUUGUUUCUCCAGUAAAGGGAAGAUCAAUCUUUGAGUAGUGACGAUUAUAACGUGUGCAAGUUACAAGUCACUUUCUACCGUUUUUUUUUUUUUUUGCGAACAUUUAAGAAAAAUGGUCAAAGUGAAGAGAUUCGUCGUAGUGAAACAUUUUCAAAACGAUCCAAAGCCAUCGGAUUUGCAGCUGGUCGAAGAGGAGCUGCCUGAUCUUCAGAAUGGAGAGUUCCUUGUUCAAGCAGAAUACCUUUCUGUGGAUCCUUACAUGCGCGUUUACACUCAGAGAUAUCCAAUAGGUAUAACAAUGAUUGGCAGUCAAGUAGCCAAAAUCAUUGAAUCAAAGAAUACAGAAUUCCCAGUGGGAGAAAGAAUUAUUGGUUACUUGGGAUGGAGAACACACUCGAUUAUAAAUCCAUAUUCCUCUGAAUAUGACUUCUUAGAGUUAAAACCAAAAUUGUUACCUGAUAUAAAAGAUCUACCACCAUCACUGCACUUAGGAAUUUUAGGAAUAACAGGAAACUCAGCAUAUUUUGGCCUUCUAGAUAUUUGUAAGCCAAAACAGGGUGAAGUUCUUGUUGUGAGCGGUGCAGGAGGAGCUGUUGGCUCACACGUUGGUCAAAUAGGAAAGAUUCUUGGACUUACCGUCAUUGGCAUUACUGAUUCAGAUGAGAAGUGUAAAUGGCUGGUAGAAGAACUUGGUUUUGACUAUGCUAUUGAUUACAAAAACGAAGAUGUUGAAGUUUUUUUAAAGAAAGCUGCGCCAAACGGAAUUGACUGCUAUUUUGAUAAUGUAGGAGGAGAAAUUUCCACUAUUGUUAUAUACCAGAUGAAAAAUUACGGCCGUAUUGCUGCAUGCGGAUCUAUUGCCUCGUACAAUGCAGAUCUUUCGUCGUUACCAAAAUCAACGAUUCUCCAACCGCAGUUUGUGUUUAACCGAUUGAAAAUGGAAGGUUUCUUGAUUUCUGAUUGGUACGACCGUUGGCACGAAAGCGUACAGAAAAAUCUUCAAUGGAUACACGAGGGGAAACUUCUCUAUCGUGAAACAAUCACAAAGGGUUUUGAGAACAUGUUCGAUGCAUUUGUUGGCAUGCUGCAAGGGAAGAACAUUGGCAAAGCUCUUGUUCAAGCUUGAACGGAUACACAAGAAUGUUGCAAUAUAUAUUUUCUCUGUUGGUGAAUGUUACAAUAUAUAUUUUCUCCGUUGGUGAAUGUUACAAUAUA